CCACCGCGAAAUCAGGGCAUGGGAGAUGCUUCCGACGAAAACAAGGACGACAAUAAUCAUCAUCUUCAACAACUCAAACCAGCUGAGUCAUGACCUCGACGGUGGUGGGUCUAGUAGUGGCAGACCAAAUUGGGGAAUUGGCGGCGGAGAAGGAGCUUCUAGGUCAAUUUUACCAACUGGUGGGUUAUGGCCAAAUGUAGCUGGGUUUGGAGCUGGUUUGCAAACCACAGGGCUGAUGAGUGAUGGAGCUGGUUACAGAAUUGGGUUUCCUGGGUUUGAUUUUCCUGGUGUUUCCAACAUUGGAGCCAUGAGCUUUGCGUCCAUUUUGGGUGCUGGUGGUAAUAACAACCAGAUACCUGGACUUGAGUUAGGGCUGUCUCAGGAAGGGAAUGUUGGGGGUUUGAAUCCCCAGUAUAUUACACAGAUUUAUCAGCAAGCACAAGCUCAGGCUCAAGCUCAAGCUCAGGCUCAGGCUCAGGCUCAAGCUCAGCCUCAAGCUCACUCCCAGGGUAGAGUUCUUCACCAUACUCUUCAUCAUAACCCAUCACAUGAAGAUCAUCAGCAAGAGAGUGGUGAGAAAGAUGAUUCUCAAGGGUCAGGGCGU